UUUAUUAUGAGAAGUAUCACUUUGCAAACUUUUUGGAUUUAAUCUAAUCUCUCAUGUGACAAUCAUGAUCAUUAUAUGAUUGAAAUAUUACUUAUGUUUACAUACAUGUUACAGGUAGAAUUAUUUAACUAGAUAAAGCAUUGGUCAUUAGGUGUUAUGAUUGACCUUAAGGUGACAAGUUCACACGUUUGACUACAUCUAUACAUAAUAGAACAUUUAUAAAUAAAGUCUGGGGAGUCAUAAUUAUAAUUUGUAGUGCAGAUUAAAAAAAAAUGCAUGUUCUUAUCAGACAAUUCAGUUAAAAUAACAUAAAUGCUGGCUACUGAAUAUUUCGACAGACUAUAAAUCAAAUAAAUGUCCAGUCAGCUACAUGUGACAGCUUUUCUAAGACAACUUAAUUGAACUUUAUGAUAUAUAUGACAGUUGGAAAAUGAACAUUUGGGAGUGUAUGUUAACUCCAUCUUACUGACCAGGUUGAAAAAUACAGUUGACGAAAUAUAUUAUAUAAUCUAUUGCACUGAUUAGCUGAUAAGGGAUAAUGAUUUGUCACUGUAUGAUCCUUUGUUGAUAACAUUGUGUUUACUUUCUAUUUAUGAAUUGAUUAAUUAGGAAGAUUUAUUUAGGAAAGUCCACGUCAACAUCAGUUUGACAAUAUUUGACAAUAAAUAAGUUUGACGAAAAAGUUGGGAUGUAGAUGAAAAGGAAAAUAAUAAAUAAGAUUUUAUCAUUUGUAAGGAUGUGAAAAAUAUAAAUUAUUAGAGGUGGAAAAGAAAAAGGAAAAUAUACUGUUGAAGUGUGUUAUGAAGUGGAUGAUAAUUGGAAAUACAUUAAUAUACAUUCAAGAAAUAUAUAUAUAUACAAAUUGAACUGUAACUCAUGAUAGAUUAAAUCCUGAUCUUUCGACAGUAGUGAAACAUUAUUAUGGAAAGUUAUCCAAAUCCUGAAGAUUUGGAAUACGAACCAAAAAUCAGUGAAUCUACAAAUUAUUUAAAAUUUCUGAAACUGACCCAUGAUGGUCACCAUUCUGAAGAUGAAGGACAUUACGAUUCUGAAGGGUACUAUGAGGACGAUAUUGUUGGAGAUAUAGUAAGAACAGAAUCUGAUCGAGAAUUUCUAUUUUCAGAUUUGCCAGAAGUAGAUGAACAUUUGUAUGACAGUAGUUUGAAUUCACCAUCAUAUGAAACUGUUGAAACAGGAACAGAGCCGGUACCAGUAAUUGUAGAAACUCCAGAAGAAAGGGCAGAGAGACUGAAAGUCUUGCAGGAGGAAUUAGAAAAAGUCGAAGAAGAAAUUGUUACAUUAAGACAAGUUUUAGGAGCCAAAGUAAGAAGAGCUGCUGAAAUUAAAAGACAAAUGGGUAUAACGCCAUUUCAAGAAUUUAAACAAGAUCUCCAACAUGGAUUUAAAUCUAUUCAAGAUUCAGAUGCGAUGCAGAAAACAAAUGAGAGAUUAACUCACAUGAAAGAAAGAAUUACUUCUACGUCAGCGUAUCAAAAAACAAAUGAAAAAAUUCAUGACAUAAAUGAUAAGAUUACACAUUCCACAGCAUACCAAAAGACAUCGUCUGCAGUUAAAACAGCAUCAGAAAAGACAUCUGCUGCAUUCACAACUGUAGGUUCUACUGUAUCAAGGAAACUUAGUGAUGUUAGAAAUUCCACAGCUUUUAAGUCAAUGGAAGAAAAAGUAGGAGGUGCAGUAGCAAAUGUUAAAGCCAAAGUAGCUGGUAGCAAAUCGGAGAACAAUUUUGAAGAUGCAUUAAUUGAAGAAACCAAGGGAGCUAACUCUGAGUCUGCAGAAUCUAAGCCAGAUGAAAAAAUUCCAUUGUAAUUUAUUACCAGUUGUGAAAAAUAAUAUUUAUGACAAAUGUGGAUUGAGAUAUGAUCAUGUAAAAGUGAAAAAGUCAAUUGAUUAUUAGUAUAUAGUAAAUUUUAUCUUUUAUUAAUAUAAUAAUUAUGUAUAUUUGGCUAUAUGUUAUGUCCUUCAUUAUAAGUCAUAUGGAAACUAUUAUGUGGACUCCCAGUUUAAGAAAAUAAAUUAACAAACCCACUUUGUACAAGGAAAAGGGUUUACUAUAUAGAUAAAUUUCAAUAUCAUGCAACUUCCCGUACAUUUUCUAUGUCACAAUGCUUAUGUUAUUACAUCACAGUAGGAAACCGAUUGUUCAAUGAUAUCAUUUGGUAAUCAAGUCCUUAUGGUUUCAACUAUAUGCUGUGAAUGUAUUUCAGCUGUAGAAAAAAAGGUAGAAAAUAAAAUUUUAUAAAAUUACAGGUUGGAAAUUUGUUAUUUUCGAAAUAAAUGUGAGACAUUUUGUAUAAGUUAGUAUAACAUAUUUCCUAGUCAAUAUUUUUAAAGUUAUUUUUCUAACUGGGAUCAUAAUUUUAGUAUUUUGUUUGGGCAUUUACUAAUGUGAAUUUAAUUAACAAAAAUAUACGUAAAACAUCUAGUUUUGUAGGUAGGUUUAUAUUUAUACUUGAAGUUGAAAGGGUACCAGAAUUUUAUAUAUACCUAAACAUUCCAGUUUCAUCAUCUUUAAAAAGUGUAAAUUCUGAAAUAGUGUUAAAUUUGGGCAAGUUCUUGAAUAAAAAUUUAGGUUUUCAGAAUCAGUAUUGGUAUCACUUAAUAUCCAUUUCAUUUUUACUUAAAUUUUAUUAUGGUUCAAUGAAACUAUAUGUAAAAAUGAUUUUUCUUGAUGACAAAAUCAAAAAGUUCAUUUGCUGAAAAGACGAAUUGCCAUUGAUAUUUUAUUCAGUAGCUCUCUUGUCCAGGUGCUAAGAGUCGCUUUCCAUACAAUAAUGCGUAAGAAUUAAAAAAAGAAAUGCCAUGAAAGUAGAUUAUCACAGUAGGAUUAGUGGGGCCUUAUGGAGCUACAUAUAUGGUUGAUGCAAAUAAACUUUUUGCAAGCCCCCUCCUAAAGUUGCCUUGGUGGGCCCCCUUUUUCAAAAUCUUAGAUCCGCAACUGAUUAUAAUCUUGAAAUAAUGAAUGCCAAUCUUUAACUAAAGUCUCAUUAGUGAAUGCGGUGUAAAUGAAAAUGAACAUCAGAAACAAAAAACUAUUGAGAAACACAAUAAAUUAAAGUCCAAAGUAUAAUUUAUUUUAAUGCUGUCUUAGAAAAUAGCAUAUUUUAUCCAAACAAAACCGCUUUAAAUGUUAGAAAAAUAUAAAUAUUGAAUUGAUGGAGUAGCACACUAAUUAAAUUAGUACAUUUAUUUGUUAGAUUUGAUACCAUCUAGUGUGAUUGUCUUGUCAUUAUAAGCUUUUUGUAAGUGCUUGAGUGACUUGUAUACAUAUACAGAAAUAACAUCUGAUUUCACAAUUAUAGUGAUAUUCAAAGCUUAAUCUGACUUGCUUGUCAUAAUACGAAGCUUAUUCUUGGUGUAUUUGUAGCAUGAAAGUAUGUGUUCAUCAAGAAAAAAUGGAGGAAAUAUUUACACAAUUUUAGCCAAAAUCGUAGUGCAAUAUAAUAAAAUUAAUUGCAAAAUCAUUGUCUGUAAUGUCUGGUUUAGUUUUUAUUUUAGGCUCCAGUCCUUGUUUUGGGUAUAAAUAUAUAUACAUAAUUUUUUUUUUAUUUGGUAUACAUAUGAUAAUUUUUGUCACUAUGAACAAUAGCCAAUACUUUUCCUAUAAAUAUUAAGUUAGCUGUUUUCUUUGUAGUGAAAAAAAUGUAAACUUAGAAAUAAGUAUAUAACAAGCCAAGUUAAUGCUUUAAAGUACAGUUAAACCUGCUCUAAAUGUCACCUCUUUUAAAGUACAGUCAAACCUGCUGUAAAGGUCACCUCUUUUAAAGUACAGUUAAACCUGCUCUGAGGGUUACUUCUUUCAAAGUACAGUCAAACCUGCUAUAAAGGUUACUUCUUUCAAAGUACAGUCAAACCUGCUCUAAAGGUCACCUCUUUUCAGCCACAAACUGUCUUGUCAGGUCACCCUCUUGUACUAUUGUAGUAAAACUACUAUUUUGAGCCUCAUUUCAAAGGUUACCUCUGUUAUAAUUUUUGUUUUCUUUGUUUUUAAGGUUUGACUUUAUAAAUUUAGUUGGAACUCAAAUCUUACUUCAGAAUGGUUUCAGUCUUAAAUUCAUUUCAUUAGGUGUGAAAAUAAACAGUUUCCCAAAUUUGAAACUUUUAACAUUGGCCAACAAGACAUAAUAAUUAUAACCUUUCAUAUUUUUUGUAUAUUUUGGUUGUGUAUUUAUAUAUUUUGAUGAAUGAGGGUGGAUUUGUUUGUUUCAUAGUGCUGUAUAUAUCUCUUGCAAUAAAUGCAUGCUGUAUUGUACUGGGUUUCAUAUGCUCCCUGCUUUUAUAUACCAGUAUAUAUAUAUUAAAACAGCAAAUGUAACACCGAAUUUAAACCUUUACUUUCCAUUUGAAUUUGCUUCAAAUAUUCAUACUGUUAGGGAUUUUGAAAAAUUAAUGCUCUAUGUUUAAUAGCAUUUCCCAAUUUCCUUCAUUUAAGCCAUAAAAAAUAUUAAAAAAAAGUAACUGUCUUAGAUAUAUGUAUAAACUUUUAUUGUAGCACAAGCUUUAAUGAAAUGUCAUUUUUGCUUCUAUCUUCUAUCCUUUCAUCAGAGCCUGACUUUGAAAAAGAAAAUCUUUACAAUUGGUAAAUUUAUUAGAAGGAACACACACUUCUUUUACAUGAGGGUGCAGAGUGAAUAUUAUCACAAUCACUACAAUUAUAUUUUCAAUGUUUUAUGAUGAAAUUUUUCCAGAAAAAUUUGUGACUCUUCCUAGCCUUUAAUUUAUAAUAAUAGAAAUGUAUUAUCCUUCAAAGUGAAGACCAUCUAUGUCUAAAUUGUACUUUGCUCCAAUGGGAUGGCUCACAAAGUAAAAAGGUACCUGCCAAUUAUUUUCAACAAAAAAAUUGUUCUGUGCUCCCAUUGGUUCUAACAUUAAAACUUUGCACCAAUGGGAUGGCUCACUAAACAAAAACUGUAUAGGCAUCUGCCAAUCUUUUCAACAAAAAAUUGUUUUUUGCUUCAAUUGGAUGGCUCACAAAACUGUAUAGGUAUCGUCCCAUCUUUUUAACAAAUCAUACUUGAAUGAUAAUGAGUUACGGGUAUUUUUACUCAAAAGAUUGCUAAAUAUUUUCGGAGGUGCAGUGGAUUAUUUUAAAGAUUUGUGUGAUCCUUCUUACGAAUGACAAUUUUCUGUUAUGUAUUUAUCUUGUUAUUGUUAUUAAUUGUAUUAUGUUAUAAACAUUUUAUUUGUGAACAAGAUAAUAAAAUGCAAUACACACAAAUUGAA